UUCCGGUCACACUUCACCUAUCUCCUUUAAAUAAAACCCUAAACCCCCUUUGUCUUUCUCUCUCUACUCUUCAUCAUCUUCAACAAACCCCCUCUCAGCCUCUAAUAUCAAAAAAAUCUCUCUUCUUACCACCAUGGCCAAGGUUAAGAUCGGAAUCAACGGAUUCGGAAGAAUCGGACGUUUGGUCGCAAGAGUGAUCCUACAGAGGGAUGACUGUGAGCUCGUCGCGGUCAACGACCCCUUCAUCACCACCGAUUACAUGACCUACAUGUUCAAGUACGACAGUGUUCACGGUCAAUGGAAACACCACGAGCUUAAGGUCAAGGAUGAGAAGACUCUUCUCUUCGGUGAGAAGCCCGUCACCGUCUUCGGUCACAGGAACCCAGAAGAGAUCCCAUGGGGUCAGACUGGAGCUGACUUCGUUGUUGAGUCCACUGGUGUCUUCACUGACAAGGACAAGGCUGCUGCUCACUUGAAGGGUGGUGCCAAGAAGGUCGUCAUCUCUGCUCCCAGCAAGGAUGCUCCUAUGUUUGUUGUUGGUGUUAACGAACAUGAGUACACUUCAGACCUUAACAUUGUCUCCAACGCCAGUUGUACCACCAAUUGCCUUGCUCCCUUGGCCAAGGUCAUCAAUGACAGGUUUGGAAUUGUUGAGGGUCUUAUGACUACCGUUCACUCCAUCACUGCCACUCAGAAGACUGUUGACGGUCCAUCAGCUAAGGACUGGAGAGGUGGAAGGGCUGCUUCAUUCAACAUCAUUCCCAGCAGCACUGGGGCAGCUAAGGCUGUUGGAAAGGUUUUGCCAGCUUUGAACGGCAAAUUGACCGGAAUGUCAUUCCGUGUUCCCACUGUUGAUGUCUCUGUUGUUGACCUUACCGUCAGACUUGAGAAGGGUGCAACCUACGAGCAGAUUAAGGCUGCCAUCAAGGAGGAAUCUGAAGGCAAGUUGAAGGGAAUCCUUGGAUACACUGAGGAUGAUGUUGUGUCAACCGACUUUGUUGGUGACAGCAGGUCAAGCAUUUUUGAUGCCAAGGCUGGAAUUGCCUUGAAUGACAACUUUGUGAAGUUCGUUUCCUGGUACGACAACGAGUGGGGUUACAGUACCCGUGUUGUUGACUUGAUCCUCCACAUGUCAAAGACCGUAAGUCGGUUGAAUGGUGGGUUGAUGUCGCUAUGGGCGUGCACUGAUGCAGUGUUUUCCUAAAUUAUCAAGAGAUGGUGCUUCUAGAAUAAAGCGGAAUUUUGUGAAAUGGAACUUUAAGAGCUUUGUUUAGUUUCAUAGGUUUUGCAAAUUUGUUAAUGUGGCUUAGUAUUUUCCCAUUUGAUCAGCAGUUGGGCUGUUGAGUUUGUGGCCUACAGUGGAGUUGUCAAACUUCCUGUUGCACUGCAUUAUAAAUAGCUGCGUUUUUUGAGUGUGCAA